AUGGUGUCACUCUUUGGACUGAAGCUCGGGAGUGACAGGAAAAAGGCGCAAAUCAAGCAAGCCCAAGGCAAUGCCCCCCAGAAAUGGAGUCGCUUUGACCAGUACGCCUUUGACGACAGCCAAUAUCCCGGCAAUAAUCUCUCGCGACCCCGAUUUCGGUCAACUACAAGACCAAGCACCGCGCAUUCGACUUCAAGUAUGUCCAGUUGGCGAGCUGUGUUCAAAAAUCCGGCCGUGACUUCAUCCAUGGCGGACUUGGCGUCUCCUCGACGACGACCCAGUGUGGGAAGUUUGCGCCAUGUCGCCUCAGAUUGGAACACAAGACCUGGUACAGCUUUCCCGGCUGCAUUGCAAACCAGUGGAUUCCAGCCCGGAGUACCUAGCAGAACGCCGGGAAACCAAAAGGCAGGCUGGAUAAGUCCAUCGGAUAUUCACCUUUGCAAGAAUCCCGCCAACAUCCGACCAGCCACACCCCUAGGACAAAACCCUUUUGUGACCGCCCCUGCUACUCCUCGCUCUCCAAAGAGUCCACUUGCGCAGUCCGACUUCGAGCAACAUACGGGUAGAGGCGAACACGCCAACACCAGUGCCCUGCCUUUCACUGUACACAAUGGCAAGUUGGACAAAGAAAUCGUGACCCAAACUGCGAAUCCGUCUCCGCCGCCGUCAGACACAAAUUCAGAAGGGGCACUGUCACCCGUCAACGUGCCUGCCUCCGAAAACCGUCCCCCGCUCAGCGGAGGGAACGCGCCGAGUGCCUUGAAGAACGUGGAUAUGCCGGAGCCGAUAUCUAUACCCAGUCCCGAGGGUCUAAUCGUUCGAAGUGUCCGGGCACGGCGAGAUACAUUUGCCUUCCAUCAACCUCGUAGACAAAGUUUUACGAUGGAAUUCGAGGGAAGCAACAGAGCAACAGUGAUGCAUCCGCCGAAGGAGGGAUUCAGUGGCAACUUUGCAGAUUUCGAUUUCGGCCAAGGCGUUGCCCGGGCCGCCAGUAACACGAGCGCAAGGGAGGUGAAGCCAAGCUUUGAUGCUGCAACAAGGCCGAGCAUGUCAUCCGAGUCGACAAGUGCUAUGCCACCGAGACCACUGCAACCAGUUGUACCCCCUCCCGCAACAAAUGACGUUGAAGUCACGGCCAUGGACGCCUAUGGGCCACCAGCCGACUCAGGAAUCGGCUGUUCGAGGAGCGAACCGACGCCACGACCUGCCGAGAAUUUGGGUCGAAGCGCAUUCUCGAGGCCACCAAUGGAGGGGGACUUCCCCAUGUACAAAGGAUUGCCACGCGGCCGACAGCGAGGACCACGGCCACCACCACUGUCAUCUUUCGAUGACAAAAAUGCCUUCAAGUUGCCAAUGUGGUCGGGGUUCGACCGGUCCGAGCCUCGUCGGUCUGCUAUUCCAGCGCCUCUGACGCCCAGUCGCCCGAGUUCGAGCAGAAGUCCCAAAGCUGGCCUCUCUACGCCAACGUCGGCCACAGCUCCACGGAUUCCGAGCCCAACAUUUUCAUCGUUGGCUCAAUCUAGUUCCAACUCUGGCGAUACGUUUGAAAAAUCGUUUGGUAUCAAUCUUGACGAAUAUUUCAAUUCCCUACCCUAA